UCUUCUUCUUCUUCUUCUUCUUCUUCUUCUUAGCUUAUUCUUUGUCCACCCACCACCAGCAGCAAUGGAGAGUCAACGCAGCAGCAGCAGCAAUAGAGAAACCCUCACCGGUAGUCCUCACCUCAAUGCCCCACUCAACACGCUCCAUGUCGACCGUUGCACCCCCAUACACCGCCUGCACGCGCUCCUCUACGCCGCUGCCAUCCUCGGCCUGGUGUACCACCGGCUAACCUCCAUUCUAGCCUCCUUCACGUUCGCCGAGGGAUGCAUGCUGUUGGCAGAUCUUGUCCUGGCGUUCAUGUGGGGCUGCUCGCGGGCGUUCAAGUGGCGUCCGGUGCAUCGCCGGGAAUUCCCCGACAGACUGCCGGAAUGUGAUGCCUGGCCGAAGCUCGACGUGUUCGUGUGCACUGCUGAUCCGAAAAAGGAGCCCCCGGUCGGGGUUGUGAGUACAGCCCUCUCGGCUAUGGCCUUCGAGUACCCCGCGGACAAACUGUCGGUGUAUGUUUCCGACGACGGCGGCGCGGACGUGACGCUGUUUGCGUUCAUGGAGGGCGCCAGAUUUGCGCGGCACUGGCUGCCAUUUUGCAGGGAGAAUGGCGUGCAGGUGCGGUCGCCGGAGGUGUUCUUUGCUUCUUCUUCUUCUGGAUGUUCUGCCGGUGGCGGCGAUGUGGAUAAGCUGAAGGUGAUGUACCAAAACAUGGUACAGAGGGUGGAGAAUGUGAUGGAGAAAGGCAUCAAUGUCGACAGUGUUGAAUAGGACUUGUCCGAAGAACAACAACAGAUUUUUAAGAGGUGGAAAGAAUAUUCUAGCAACAACCAUCCAUCAAUUAUUCAGGUUCUUCUUAAAAGCAGUGAGGACAAAGAUAUUACCGGGCAAGCCAUGCCCAAUCUGAUUUACUUUUCAAGGGAGAAGUGUCCUGGUUUUCCUCACCACUUCAAAGCUGGGUCACUUAAUUCUCUGGUCCGUGCCUCGAGCAUCCUAACAAACGCACCAUUGAUCCUAACAAUCGACUGUGACAUGUACUCCAACGACCCGACCUCACCUCAACGUGCACUAUGCUAUUUCCUAGACCCUAUUGCUUCAAGCAAGCUUGCAUAUGUUCAGUUCCCUCAGCGUUUUCAAGGACUCAACAAGAGCGACAUAUAUGGAGGUGAGAUGAAACACCUCUUCAAGAUGAACCCUUAUGGCAUGGACGGGUUUGGUGGGCCAAAUUACCUUGGGAGCAAUACAUUUCUAGCAAGGCGGGCAUUAUUUGAUUCAUCGUUGGAAAGUGAAAGUGGUCGUAAUCUGCUCGAACCAGAGAAGGUUUUAGAAAUGGCAACGGAGGCUGCAGCAUGCAACUAUGAGACAGGGACAAAAUGGGGCAAAACUAUUGGAUUCUGCUAUGGUUCACUUACAGAGGAUUUACACACCGGUUUUUGGCUGCAUUGCGAAGGUUGGACUUCCGUGUUUUGUGACCCACCGCAGGCUGCCUUCCUAGGUGAUGCACCAAAGACCCUGCACGAUGCACUUAGCCAGUGCAAGAGGUGGAAUGUGGGGCAAUAUGAGGUAAUGUAUUUAUUAGGUAUAAGUCUACUGAGACGAGUUCAUGCUGUUACGGGUCAAUUUUUUGGGAUGCAGGUGGGAUUUACUCGGCACUCACCCUUAACCUUUGGAGUCAGAAAAACAUCUCUUGGUUUGGGGUUGACUUACUCCCAUCUUGCCUUUUGGGGUCUUUGGUGUAUCCCUAUCAACAACACAUAUGCUCUUUUACCACAGCUGGCUCUGGUCAACAGUAGGCCAUUAUUUCCAAAGUCAUCAGAUCCAUGGUUCUACCUCUACACGUACCUCUUUGUGGCAGCCUAUACCCAAGACAUGCUUGACUUCAUUUACCACAAGGGCACGUUAAGAUUCUGGUGGAGUGAUCAGAGGAUGUGGCUUAUGCGUAGCCUCACCUCGUUCACCUUCGGUUCAAUCCAAUUUGCGUGCAAGCAGCUCAACAUCUCCACCCAAAGUUUCAACGUGACAAACAAGGUCAUGGACGAUGAACAAAUCAAGCGGUACGAUGAGGGCACUUUCGAUUUUGGUGUAGAUUCUCCGUUCUUCGUCAUACUAAGCACAGCGGCAUUGCUCAAUCUUUGUGCGAUCCUGGUAGGAAUUUUCAGAUACAACAUCAACAUGGUUGCAGAAAUGCUGUUAACUGGAUAUGGCGUGGCCAAUAGCUGGCCGGUAUAUGAGGCAAUAUUUCUCAGGAGUGACAAUGGCAAGAUGCCUGACGGAGUAAAACUUCGAGCUUUUUUCUUGACAGGCAUAUUGUUUGCGGGGGGCUUUCUGGUAUUUAAUGCUUAACAUUUUGUGUUCUGCUUAGAAUCUGUAGCGUACACUGCAAGUGAAUGAUUUAUGUAUUUGCACUUGAUGGCAUUUGGAUCAAAUUCAUAUCCAAAGCCAUUCUAAAUUUCUGAUCCGUGCGAUCGAAUUUAUAAAAUUGAUCAAUA